AUGUUAAAGCAGUUACACUAUACACCAGAGCAGCAGCUAGAGUGCGCUCUGUCGUCACUACAAGAGAAAGCCUAUCAGUGGUGGGAUAUAGUGUCUAGAGCAGUGCAGCUGACAGCGCUUACUGAGGAUUUCUUCUUGACUGAGUUCAAGAAGAAGUAUAUUAGUCAUAUAUACUUAGAGGCUAGAAGGAGAGAGUUCUUAACUCUAAAACAGAGGCAGCUCACGGUCUCUGAGUAUGAGAGAGAAUUUGUGAGGUUAGGAAGAUAUGCCCCAGAGAUAAUGCCAAAAGAGGCAGAUCGAUGCCUUAGGUUUGAGGAUGGACUGCAUGACAAUAUUAGACUUAUAGUGAUGGCACAUGAGUAUACAGACUUCUCCAAGUUAGUGGACGCAGCUCUUAAUGUAGAAAGAGUACGAAAUGAUGAGCAAACCCGGAGAGAUAGACACCGAAAGAGGAGUUUUGGGCAAGGUCAAUCCAGUACACCAGUUUCUGAGGGUAAGAGGCCUAAGGGUUCACCAAGCCAGGGCCAGAUACAGAGGUCUCAGUUUACACAAAGAGGAGGACAGUCCAGAGCAUCAGUGGGGAGUUCUCCAGGCACCGCAGUAGAGGGAUUAACCUCCAUACCAUUAUGCACCUACUGUGAGAGGAGGCACCGAGGAGAGUGUCGAUUGUUGACCGAGGGAUGCUUCCAAUGCAGAGCUACUGAUUAUUUUCUACGGGAUUGUCCCCAUAGGAGUGUUCCCACUGCCCCACUACCGACUGAGAGAUCUACCCCUGCAGCUCAGAGGGGUAGACGACUUGCUAGGCCAGAGGCGAUGGGUACAUCACAAAGACCAGCUUCUGGGACCAUUGAGCGGCCCGAGGUUAGAGUAGCACCUCGUAUAUAUGCUAUGAGAGCACAGGAGGGACCAGAGUCGGCACAUGUUGUUAGAGGUACAUUUCUCAUUAUCAUACUUUAG